GUUCAAUGUUUGAUUUCUUCUCCAACACAGGAUGAACAAAACAACAGCAUAGGUAGCAGGAUUAAGGAACUUGAAGACGAACGUGGCAGACUUCACCGGACAAAUGCCUCACAGCAGACUCAGAUAGACAAAUACAAGAAGAUGGCAGAGGAUGCUAAGACAAAAUCUGACAGUUCUGAAUCACAGCUUGUGUCUCUUAGGAAGGAACUUGAGCAGAUAAAGAGAACACAGAAACAACAGUCCUCAUCUCAGUCUGCCACUGAAGUAAGACUCAAUCGAGCUUUAGAAGAGAUUGAGAAACAGAAGGAACAACUGUUACGCUCAAAAUCAUCAUCAAAGGAAUCCACGGAGCAGGAGAAACACAGAGUUGACCAGCUGAUAGCAGUCAACAAACGGCUGGAGAAACAGAAAAAUGAACUCAUGGCCGGGUUUAAAAAACAGCUGAAACUUAUUGAUAUUCUUAAAAGACAAAAGAUGCACAUAGAAGCUGCAAAGAUGUUGUCAUUUUCAGAAGAAGAAUUUGUUAAAGCUCUAGAAUGGGGCAGUUAGUUUUGAAAAUCAUUCCUAUUUUUAAUUGUUGGAGGCUGUGGGUGGAAUAUUAGAUGUUAAUUUAUGUAAGAAAUACAAAACACAAAUCAGCUAUUUGUGAUGAAUUUUAAGUUAAAUAAACUACAAAAUGUUAAAGGUAAACUUUUAUAUUUUAUCUUUCGACAAGAAAAAUUGCUGAAGAUACAGUUUUCACCAAAGUUUUAAAACAGGUGACAUUAAGAAUCUGAAGGUUGAAUGAAUACAUUUCAACCUGUAACAAAAUAACAAUGGAGGCAAUGAAAAAAUGAAAAUCUAAAAUUAUUAUUGUGUAAUGUGUAAUGUUAAUAGUUCUAUAUUAGUGUCAUAUAAAUUAUUCAGUAAAGAAAGAAGAAAUAAA